AUGUCCCCUGUCCUCGAGUAUUCUUCGCUGGAAGCAUCCACAAAAUGGAGUAAACUCCCGCCCCCACCCGGAUUCACAAGCGUCCAGUCAUCGUCAUCAAAAUCCACGCCAAAGAAACCAGCAACCACCAAAGAAGCAUACGAUGAAAUAAAAGCAAAGAGGGCUUGGGAAUUCGCGACCGGUCCAGCAAAGCAACUCCCUAUGCAAGCGUUUAUGCUCUACAUGUCCGGCGGAGGCGUUCAGAUAUUCAGCAUGGGUAUCGUGUUUAUGCUCCUCAUGACACCCUUCAAAAACGUCUUUGCUAUGAACGAUGCAUUCGCCCAGUUCGCUCCUUCGACAGCCAAGGACUCGAAAUCAAUUACCACCUUGACACCUCAGAAGCUUCUCUACAUCGCCUGCAACCUCCUGACACUGGGCGUUGGAUUAUGGAAGUGCAAGUCAAUGGGCCUGUUACCCACGGGCACAGGAGACUGGUUAGCUUUCGAGACGCGAGGACCACCUCCGGAGAUAUCCCUGUAUCACUAG